ACCACUGGUGUAAAGCACACCACCACUGGACUCUGGACUGACGAAUCACACAAUCACUCCAUCCGGCAAUCUGGUGGAUGAGUCUGGGUUUAGCGGUUGCCAUGAGAAGGAUACCUGUCUGACUGCAUUGUGUCGAGUGUGAAGUUUGGUGGAGCGGUGGUCACGGAUCGCAGCUGAGGAGAGCGGCGCCAGCUGCGGUACAGUUGAGCAAUUGCGCGCGCGCGUGCGAGCGCGCGUAUAAAGCAGGUCCGUUUCGGCUCGAGCAGAUGUUCCUCGAGCUUUUUCCAGCUGGACUACAUCAAGAUGUCUGCUGAGAGAUUUGAGAAAAAGGAGACGAUAGACCUGAGGAAGAGGUACAUCGGGCCAUCUUGUAAGAUUUUCUUCAGCCACGACCCAAUCAAGAUUGUACAAGCCAAAGGCCAGUAUAUGUAUGAUGAAAAUGGACAGCGCUACUUGGACUGCAUUAACAAUGUGGCUCAUGUGGGCCACUGUCACCCAGAUGUGGUGAAGGCAGGAGCUCAGCAGAUGGAACUACUCAACACCAACUCACGCUUCCUGCAUGACAAUCUUGUCCUGUAUGCCCAGAGGCUGCAGGCCACACUGCCCGACAAACUGGCUGUUUGUUACUUUGUCAACUCUGGCUCUGAAGCCAACGACCUGGCCCUCCGACUAGCAUGGCAAUACACAGGCCACAAAGAUAUCAUCACUUUGGAAAAUGCGUACCAUGGCCACGUCUCAUCACUCAUUGACAUCAGUCCAUAUAAGUUCCACCAGCUGUCAGACGCUGAGCAGAAUCAAUUUGUCCACGUGGCUCCAAGUCCAGAUGUGUACAGAGGCAAAUACAGAGCGGACCACCCCGAUCCUGCCAAAGCGUAUGCAGAUGAAGUCAAAGAUAUAAUAAACAAAGCCAACAAGAAAGGACGCAAGAUUGCUGGUUUUAUUGCUGAGUCACUGCAGAGCUGUGGAGGGCAGGUCAUUCCCCCCGUGGGUUACUUUCAGCAAGUGGCACAACAUGUACGCGAGGCAGGGGGCGUUUUUAUUGCUGAUGAAGUCCAAGUGGGCUUUGGUAGAGUGGGCUCCCAUUUUUGGGCCUUCCAGCUUCAGGGAGAGGACUUUGUGCCUGACAUUGUCACGAUGGGAAAGCCCAUUGGCAAUGGCCACCCUAUGUCAUGUGUUGUCACGACCAAAGAGGUGGCUGAGGCCUUCAUGUCAUCUGGGAUGGAGUACUUCAAUACAUUUGGUGGUAAUCCAGUGUCAUGCGCCAUUGGUCUGGCCGUCCUGGACGUGAUUGAGAAAGAGGAUCUGCAGGGUAAAGCGCUGCGUGUGGGGCAAUACCUCACCAGUCUGCUGGAGAAGCAGAAAGAGAAGCAUCUGCUGAUCGGAGAUAUCAGGGGCCGUGGUCUCUUUGUUGGCGUGGAGCUCGUGAGGGAUAGGUUGAAGCUCACUCCUGCUACAGCGGAGGCACAGGAAGUCAUAUAUAGGUUAAAGGAACAGUACAUUCUUCUUAGUGCCGAUGGACCUCAUCGCAAUGUGCUCAAAUUUAAGCCCCCAAUGUGCUUCACUACAGAAGAUGCUGACCUGGUCGUGGAGAAAAUUGACAUUAUUCUCACAGAACUGGAGGAAGCAUUAGGCCUGAAGCUGAAUAACACAUUGAUUCUAGAAAAAGGAGGCAAUAAAAGGAAGCUGCCUGCUGAUGAAAACGGACACGGCGGUGUGUUACACAGCAAAGGAAGCUGUCAAGGGUCUCCUCAACAAAUCAACCAAAACAAAAACCUCAAGAAAUAAAGCUGCCUGUGAACAAACACUAGGCCUCUGACAUAAACUGAUAAAGGCAGUAUAAACUUUGGUGGCACAACUCUAGAAGGAAAUGAGCCUUAGAACGUAAUUUAAUGAAAAAAAAAAAUACUAAUAUAUUGUGUAUAUACACCAUUCAGGCACAACAUUAUGACCACCUGCCUAAUACCAUACACAUACUGUAUACUGUAUGUCUAUGCCUAAUACUGUAUCCGGUUGUUAAGUGAUGACGUAGAAUUCCAUUUCCAGGUCCAAACU